AUGGAAGGUUUAACGGAGCGCCUUAAUUGUCGUACGUGUGAUCGGAUCUCAUUCUUCAAUCGAAAGUGCUCCGUAGACGCUCUUACAGGUCUCGCACUUUUGGUCGAAACACUUCCAAACGCCGCUGUUCUUGGUAAUCCUACAUUGGAAAUUCCAUCGCCACCUUACACCGCGUCGAUGCAAAAAUUUGACUGUAUUUCAUGUCGAGUCUCUUGCGUCGAUGCCGCAGAAAUGAAAGCGCAUUUCAAGUCAAAGCUUCACAUCGUUACAAUAAGCAAGGGAAUACCACGACACACCGCAAGUGAGGAUUGGGUUCCAACUUGGAGUGAAAGCGAGAGUGAUGGUUCCUCAACUUCAUCUUCAUUAAAGUACGAAAAUGAGGGUGAGGAACCACCGUCUCCUGCUCUUGAAUCCACCCCUGUUAUGCGUCCACACUUCCAUGGAAAACCAAUGAUGUUCUUUAGGAAUCGAAAGGACGAGAUUAUUGGCAUUUAUCGGUGUCUACUUUAUACGAAGGAGGCACCACCAAGGACCUUCGAAGAUCUGCUGAACCGAGUAAACCUCCUUAGAAAGAGUCGAUUUUGGGCUAUUUUGCUCUACUCUGGAGGGAAAUUCGCCGGUGGAAUUUUCGAUGAAGACAAGGAGGUUGUUCACAAGACCCUCCAUCGCUACACUGUUCGUGCGAAACAGGGCGGUGGACAAUUUCUACGCGACGCCACUCAGGGUGGAUUGAGUGGACAUAAAUCGGCUGGCUCUAGUCUCCGUCGUCAUGGUGAAAUGGCUAUUAGGGCUGAUAUCUCUCACCUCCUGCAUGUAAAGUGGCGCACCUACCUCCAAGCCUGUCAAUUCAUCCUAACUUGGACACCCAAGGUACAUCGUGCUAUCUUUUACACGCCUCCCUCCUCCUCCUCCUCCUCUACGCCAUUCAUCACCGAACACCAGGAAAUAGAGACGCCUAUCAAUGACAAGGAAGGAGAAAAGGUAGAGGGUGAUGGCAAUGUUUACGCAGAUCUGCCUGCAGAUCCAUUUGCUGCUGAGGCAGUGGCUUCUAGAAUGGGACUGGUUGCAGGCGAUCCAAGAUUACGGCGCCUCCCCUGCAGAGCGAAGAACAUCACCUAUGCGCACAUAAAAGAAAUACACUCUGACCUUUCGUGUUUCCGAGUAUUUGGUGAGUGCUCCAUCUUCUACGUGAUAGCUUUCAUAGUGAAGCAUUAUGCUGAUCAUGAUCUCAUAAGCCUCUCCGAUAGACGCCAGAUUGAACAAGGCGAAGAGACUAUUUUUGAGUCCCGCAGUGGUCGUCUAUUUCGUGGGUGUCUUGCUGACCUACAAACUAAAUCACCUAAUCAGACUUCACCACCAUCACUACCGCUCCUUUCUUCUUCUCCCACCAACUCGCCUACUUCACCUGAUACCGUUGCUAAGGCCACUGUUUUGUCUUCGAAACAAAAAACGAGAAGGAAGCGGAAGAAGGGCAAUCGUCAAAAGGGUCAGAACAGAGCAUCUCCUCCCUCUUCUCCCACUUCACUCCCACCUAACCAUUCACCGUCCUCUAGCGACGUUGAAACCACUGUAAAACGGGCUGAUGAGUGGCUGGCGACUAAGUCUGUCCCACUUCGACAGUCCUCAUCAACUUCAGAUCUUGUAGCACUUUGCAACACCUACAGCGACUGGCAUCGCUCCCUGCGGUUAGCCACGGCAGUGGGUGAUGUUGAGCGACUGAAAGAGCUCUUGUCUUCAUCAAAUGAAUCCACAGGAGUGAGCUCGCCUUCCAAGAAUGGGGUAUCCUCCUUGACGCUGGAACCCUGGCCGGAGGAUGAGACGACAAUACAACGUCUAUUGAACUACCGCUUCCCUGAUGGACGAAGCCUUCUUCACCUGGCUGUUGAAUUACAGAGUGAUCCAGAGGUUGUCCGGAUCCUAUUGAUGUCUGGUUGUAGACCUGAGGGAAGAGACAACAAUGGAGUCACACCAUACUUUUUGGCCAAGCAAAUCGGCAAAAAGAGGUUGUUGACGUGUUUCAAAUCCUUCCGCCAGGAUUAUCCGGACCGCUUUGACUACCAGAAAGCAGGCAUUCCACUAAAUAGUCCUAAAAGCGCCUCCGCGAGUGCAAGUCGUCAGCAAAAGAAGAAUAUUCAGGUCGUAUCACCAAAUGUGGGUGACACUAGCCAGCAAAUGGACUCUAUGUCCAUCCGUGAAAAGUGCGCCUCUGCUGCAGAAAAACGCGCCCUCCUGGCACAACAAAGAGGAAAGCCACAAAUUACCUGCAAUCAAUGCUUGAUGGAUAUAACUGGAAAACAGCCCUUCUCCUACCUUGCCUUUGUCUUCUGCUCCUCGGAAUGUCUUCGUAACCAUCGAAUUCAGAACCGCAGGUAG